AGGCGUUAUAAUUUUCGCUUUAUUUUAACAAAACAAAAGUGGGUGCACUCGCUUACACAAUCAGUUGUAUUUAUUGGAUUUGUGUUGUUUCUUUCCUUCUAAAAUACACCAUCAGGUAUGGCUGACGAGAUGGAUCCGUGCGAGUGCCUAUGGAACCACGAGCUGGCGAUGCGGCGGCUGAUUUCGCUGCUCCGACAAGGCCAGUCGUACUGCACAGACAGUGAGUGCCUGGAGCAGCUACCAGGGUUGCCAGCGCCGCCCGAGUCAGCCGGCAGCAGCUUCCUGCUGAUGUUCCUGACCAUAGCACUCGCCGUCGCCAUGUACGCCAUGCGCCCCCGCGCACGCGCCAUCACGCACGACGCUACCAAGCCCGUGCGCAAUCCUCAGGACCACGACGACGGCGCGCCUCCUACUCCGCCUAGAACCUAACUCCUUGUACUGACGACUCGGCGCUCUUCCCACGGCCCCGCUGAUUCGACACCAGUAACUUGUAAUAUAUAACAAAGCGAGACGGUAACGCACCCGUAACGAACGCAAUGCUUGAAACAUGGUAGAAAAAAGUUGUAUAUCCGACCACUUGCUUACGUCACUUGAUUCGGAGUGUCGUGACGUAUACAAAAGCCGUGCCAAUAGAACUUUCAUCUACCAUCUAGUAACGUACGUACGACGUUGGCGGAGGAUGAAUAGAUGUAAUGUAGGCUAUAACGCACAAAUGUUUUUGACCCAGCUAUAAGUAAACAUUUCAAUUGUUAAUUUUAAUGGUAUAUUGACGGAAAACCUCGAAAGGGCUGCGCCCACAUAAAGUACAGAUUGAAAACCUUAUAAAAUCAGUAUGCACUAUCUGCGUGAGGUUGCACGGGGUAAGAAAUAUUUGUGCGAAUUAUAAGGAGUAGGCAGAGAUAUAUCGUUCGGACGAUUAAGUUUUGAAACUAUCCGAGAUCUGAACCUUCCUGAAAUAUAAAUUUUGAAGUAGUAAACGUGUAAUUAUCACUAGCGCCUAUAUUGUCACAAAAACCAUUCCAAGAUAUUAAGUAAAUAAAAUACAAAUUGGGACAAUGGUAGAUCGUGGAUAGUUUUAAAACUUGUUAAAAAACGACGAAUUCGCUUCUAUUGCAGAGUUCAACUUGGAUGUUGAACGCAACUAGACAAUCGUAUCUAAUUAAAAACAAUGUAUUUAUUACGAAUAAAUGAUAAUACUUUCCAACUUUGGUGCUGUAAAUAAUUAAAAAAUAUUUGAAUUUAAUGUCCCGCCAGUUGAGAUUCUGAUUUGGUUUUUAUUUUUCUUUCAGCUGUAUUUGUUUUUACCAGAAAUGUAAGAGAUACGUUCAAAUUCCAAAGAUAUGAAUGUUAUCAUUUACUUAGCUUUAUAAGUCGAGCGAAAAUGACUAUAAAUCCAUCUCGUUUACAAAGAUCUGCUGUGAUUGUCACUGGAAGGCAAACGUGAUAUCAUUUUAUGUUACAGAAGUAUAUAAUUAUUGGUAUAAUUGCACUUUUAUAUUUAGUUCCAUUUUAAUACUUUUCUUGAUUCUAGAGGAGUAAUGUACUUGUAAACGCAAUAUCCAUUAAUUCACAAGAUUUUUUUGACUAAUUUUUAUUACACUCUAAAGUCAAGAGUUUAUUCCACUAGUUUUUAGUC